AUGGCCCUUCUGUACGGCCUGCUGUGGCGCCUGCUGCUCUGCCUGGUGCACAUGAACCGGGCGUUCGUGGCGUGGCUCCAGGCCCGCACCCGCUGCCUCAAGCGCCGGUUGUGGGAGCGGGCGCUGGCCUCUUUCCUCCUGCCGGCUGCCUUCACGGAGCUGUCGGUGGUGGAGCGGAGAAAGAUGCACGGUAACCGGGAGCCCAAGGCCGUCAGCGCGGGCAGUCCCAGCGAGCGCCAGGCCCUGUUCCUCCAGGAUGGGAAGUCUGUGGAGAAGCUCCCGGUCCACAUCGGUCUGGUUCUGGUGAAUGAAGAGCCCAGCUACACAGACGUGGCCAACCUGGUGGUGUGGUGCAUGGCCCUGGGCAUAUCACAUGUCAGCGUUUACGACCACAAUGCGAUGCCCGCUGACAUCGUCUCUUCCGGUUGCUAUGGCAUCGAUCAUGUCACCGGGGCCAGGCAGAGCUUGAGUCCUCGACUGGAGGAAAUGGGGUACUACGAUGAGGAUGAAAACCCCUGCAUCUGCUACUCAGACACUGGUCGCAGGAGGUUACACAUCUCCACAAAUAUGCGGCGCCACAGCUUCCCACUGGAGGCGAGGAAGGCCGCAAAUGUCAUCUAUGUGUCUGGGCCUGCAGUUCAGCCUAGGUCCUGGUUCAGCUUGGCCCGGGUCAUAAUCUGGCUUCUCUUGGCUGGCCUUGUUGUGUCCUGGUUGGCAAUGGCGAUGGCUACUGAUGGUGAGGUGCAGCAGCUGCAACACCAGGUAAAACAUCUGCAUCAGCUGAAGGAGGAGGUCGAUCAUUUGCGUGAGCAGCUUCAGCAACACAAGGCAAUGGUGAGAGCUCCUUUAGCCAACUUUGCUUUGAGGCAUCACGGGGCUCGGGUGAUGACUGCUGAGACUUCCAAGACUCACAAGCAGAAAAACGGCCCGCCUUGUCUCAGACCUCUGGGUCCAAACACUGUGAUCAAAGGUCAUAAUUACCCUUUGAUUCCUGGACAGUGCUGGGCGUUCACAGGUCAGACUGGGAAGCUCUCCAUCACUCUGCCCCUGGAGAUCCACAUCACCAAAGUGACUGUCGGACACAUUGUGAAGGAGCAGUCUCUCACAGGAACAAUUCAGUCGGCCCCAAAGUCUUUCUCUGUGUACGGACUGAAGGACUUUGGACCAACAGAGAUCAAACUUGGAACGUUUCUCUACGGCGCAGACGGGGACUCGUUCCAAACAUUUGACAUCCUGGAGCAACACAAGGAAGACAAUAAGAUCCGACAAACCGACCUGACGAACAUUCUGGCCACAGUCCAGAGUGUCCACUGCAAACAGGAGGACAUCGAUGUGCGUUUGGCAACACUCAAGAGAGAGAACGAAGCCCUGUGGACAGAGAUCUCAGACCUGCGGAAGAAACACUCGCACCAACAGCAGCUGAUCAAAAAGCUCAUCCACUUCCUGCUCACACUGGUGCAGAACAACGGCCUCCUCAAUUUAAAACGUAAACGGCCGUUGCUCAUGAACAGCACCGGGAAGAAGUCCAAGUUCAUCCACGAGGUUUACGACGACACCGUGAGUGUGGAGCAGAACAACUCUCUCAACUCAAACUCGGACGUUACGGACGACGUCAUCAUCUGCGACUUGACUGAUGUUGUCGACGACGAUUUUCUGUUGGACGCCUCCCAGGGCUCGUCAAAAGGUCUCGAGCACAGUGACGUGGAGAUCGUGGAGGUGGACGACGUGAAGCUGGAGGUGAGCACCACGUACGCGGAGCCCAGCGCGCAGAACCCGCCCUCUCCAGACAGGGGCGCUCUCACCAGCCUCAACACGCAGUCUGCCCUCAGCCAGGAAGACCCCGUCAAACUCAUGGACUACAUCCUGAAGGAGAACGGAGCCAUGUCGCAAAACAUCAGCCUGCUCGGAAAGAUGGAGCUGUUGGAUUAUCUGGGGAGUAUCGACUGCAGUCUGGAGGACUUCCAGGCCAUGCUGGGAAAGCCCUUUGGUUUAGAUCCUGAGGAAACUGUUGGACUGAAAACGGGCUCUGGGCUGCUCGACCAAUCAAAGACUGAGCCCAGCACAGAUAACCAGCUGAUCCAGUACACCUCCAGUCCUUUCCUGGCUUUUCUCGACGGUUGCUCCACCCCCUCAGACCUGGAUCUGACCACAGCCACAACGUCCACUCCCAGCAGCGGCCAGCAGGAGGCGACGCUCACGGCUGCAGAGAAGGUGGACAGUCUUUCCUCUGAGCUGCUGGAGGAAAGCUUAGACCCCACACAGGCCAAACGCAGCUCUCUGAUCCGGCUGGAGCCCCUGACCGAGGCUGAGGCCAGCGAGGAGACCCUGUUUUACCUCUGCAACCUGGGGCCAGAGGCAGACUCAGCUCAAACCGAGGUGCUGUGA